AUGGCGGAGGGCGGCCCCCCCGGCGGCGGGGAUCCGCCCGCCGCCUCAGGUCGUAACCUGAAGGAGUGGCUGCGGGAGCAGUUUUGCGACCACCCCAUCGAGCACUGCGAGGACACCCGGCUGCACGACGCGGCCUACGUGGGGGACCUGCCCACCCUCAAGAGCUUGCUGCAAGAGGAGAGCUUCCAAAGCCGGAUCAACGAGAAGUCCGUGUGGUGCUGCGGCUGGCUGCCCUGCACGCCGCUGCGCAUCGCCGCCACCGCCGGCCACGGCCCCUGCGUCGACUUCCUCCUCCGCAAAGGGGCCGAGAUCGACCUGGUGGACGUGAAGGGGCAGACCGCCCUCUACGUAGCCGUGGUCAACGGGCACCUCGAGUGUGCCAAGAUCCUCCUGGAAGCUGGGGCUGACCCCAACGGCAGCCGGCAUCACCGCAGCACCCCUGUCUACCAUGCGGCGCGCGUGGGCCGGGCAGACAUCCUCCGGGAGCUGAUCAGGUACGGCGCAGACGUGGACGUGAAUCACCACCUCGCUUCCCGGGUCCCCAGCCUCUCCCUGCGGCCCCUCACCACGCUGGUGGUCUGCCCGCUGUACAUCAGCGCUGCCUACCACAACCUCCAGUGCUUCCGGCUGCUGCUCCAGGCUGGAGCCAACCCGGAUUUUAACUGCUGCGGGCCCAUCAACAUCCAAGGCUUCUCUCGGGGCUCCCCGGUGUGUGUGAUGGACGCUGUCCUGCGGCACGGCUGCGAGGCGGCGUUCGUCCACCUCUUGAUUGACUUUGGAGCCAAUCUGAACCUGGUGAAAGUGGAGGCCUUGGGAGUUGAAUCCACGGGAAGGGUCAAAGUCAACCCUGAGGCUCUGCAGGUGUUCAAAGAAGCAAGGGGCCGCACCCGGAGCCUCUUGUCUCUCUGCCGCAUAGCUGUACGAAGAAUACUUGGCAAAUCUCGUCUGGAUCUGAUCCAUAUCCUUCCAAUCCCAGACCCCAUUAAACAAUUUUUACUUCACGAACACAGUUAAAGGGCAACUGGCUGCUUUCCGGGACAGUUUGGUUUGGUAAAUGAGUGCGCUGAUAAAGCCAGGUGCCAAUCCUAACCCUUCCCCCACCGCGAAAUACUGUAUUGCUCAUGGAGUGCACAUAAUUCCCUGCCCCGGUGAUUCUCCCCUCCAAAUUUAGGGUGCAGUGAUUUUGUGUGUCUAUUCUUAAGCUACCGGUUAUCGAACUGGUGAUGUCUUGUUUGCAACUGGUUGGGCGAUGAGGCUGAUAAGCGUGUAUGGCUGUUACAUGAGCAAAUACAAUAUAUCCUAUAGGUGUUAGCAUAUGUCUGUUUGUUAUGACUCUACCUCUGUUAUUGAUCUGUGUUACACACACCUUGGGUCUCAGCGGCACUUCUGAGCGGGGAAAGUGUCCGUCCUUAAGCCUUUCCUCUUCCUAUAGCGUACAAAGGAGUCUCUCCUCGCCUUGGUAAGAGUUUUACGACAGCACUGUUCUCUUUCUGCCGUCAGUACCUGGCCUUUCUCUUCCGUAUGAAGUUUGUGAUUGCUGCUGUAAAAGUGGAUGUAUUUUCUUCUGUCCUCUUCUGGUGUGAAAUGCAUCAAGUUUCCUGUCCAGUGCUGUGCGUUACUUGGAAAAUUGUAUCCGUGUCUGCAAGGUAGCUGCUGACUUGGCUUUCUUUGUGUAGAGGCCCCA